AUGCUGGUGACACUCCUGGCUCUGUGUCUUCAACUUGUUUCAGCUGCAGAGCCCAGCUGGGAAGUCGAUGAAGGCCUGAAUCGUGCAUGCCGCCACACGUACACGUGGGACGUGUAUGAGAUCUACUUCGGAAAGCACUACUGCACGGAAACACUGGAGGACUGCAAGGCCCAUUGCGAGCAGACUGCAGGGUGCAAGGGUGUGGAGUUUUCGCCAGAUUGGUCUUGGGCCAAUCUGGGCCCGGGUGGCCGCUGUGAAGUGUGGUUUGAUGAUAUCAAUGCCACGGUUGACUACUCAAGCAGCAGCUAUAAAGUUACUUGCCUUCGCUACUACAACAACCCCACGCAGCCACAGGAGAUCAACCUGACGUCCAGUGAGGGACUGCCAGGUGCAUGCCGUGGCUCCUCAAGCAGCGACACCUCCACCUGCUACUACUCUGUGCACAGCACUCAGCCGUGGCAGCCGUCUUGGUACAAGAAGCCGAAGCUUACCUUGGAAGACUGCAAAAAGCGAUGCAGUUUCCAAGCAGGUUGCACAGGUAUUGAGUUCAUGGAGGAGAAGGGCUACUGUGAGGUUUGGAAGGUUCCAAUCAAAGCCGUGCAAAAUGUUCCGGGCUACCGCUGCUAUCCCCUUGAGCCGUUUGCUGCUGCCGAGGCCACGGUAUACCCAUAG